CGCACUCGAUUUUUGCCAUUUUUACCAAUCUUACCGCUCAAUCCAUCAGCCGUCACCGGCACCACCCUCUCCACAGUCAGCCGCACCCAACCCAUCUGCCUCUGUUCGCCCGAUGCCCCGCCCUACCUUCCAUCCAACAACCUUUCAACGCCCAUCUCCGCCAGCGAUUCCACAACGGCCGAUGCUUACCCAUCAGCAAAACUCCAACCUCCCUGUUCGCUUUCCUCAUCACAAUCCUGGUUGCCGCUACUGUGGUGCGUUCGGCCCGGAGGCUAG